UUUUGCUUUGCUGACGUCGCUGUCGUGUACCACUCCUGUCAAAUUGACAAUUUACGAUUCAAUGAUUCUUUCUUGCAUGGUUUGCUGAAAAUAUUUAUUUCUGUAUUUUCUAUCAGGGACGAGGAUUAAUCAUUAUUUGUAUGAUCUAAAAUGUCACAAAAUCGUGUUAUUUGCGAAACUAACCAAUUGAUAUAACGUAAGAUAAGUGGUAGUUGUAAAUAAAAGUGAAAUAAAUAGUCAAGAUGGUUUUAGCAGAUUUGGGUCGUAAAAUAACAACUGCUUUGCAGUCCCUUAGCAGGGCUACUAUCAUUAAUGAAGAAGUUUUGAAUUCUAUGCUGAAACAAAUCUGUGCUGCUUUAUUGGAAGCUGACGUUAAUAUCCGAUUAGUGAAAAACCUUCGUGAAAAUGUACGUGCCGUCAUUGACUUCGACGAAAUGGCUGGGGGGCUUAAUAAAAGAAGGAUGAUACAGUCAGCUGUAUUCAAGGAACUUGUCAAACUUGUUGAUCCCGGAGUAAAACCUUACCAGCCAAUCAAAGGCAAGCCAAAUGUCAUUAUGUUUGUUGGACUGCAAGGGUCUGGAAAAACUACUACAUGCACAAAGCUUGCCUAUCAUUACUUGAGGAAGAAUUGGAAAUCAUGUUUAGUGUGUGCAGACACAUUCAGAGCUGGAGCUUAUGAUCAGGUCAAGCAGAACUGUACCAAGGCUAGAAUACCUUUUUAUGGAAGUUACACAGAAGUUGACCCUGUAGUGAUAGCAACAACUGGUGUUGAGAUGUUCAAAAAGGAAGGUUUUGAGAUGAUCAUAGUGGACACGAGCGGUCGGCACAAACAAGAGGAGUCUUUGUUCGAGGAAAUGUUGGCAGUUGCUAAUGCCAUUAAACCAGACAACAUUAUCUUCGUGAUGGAUGCCACAAUAGGUCAAGCUUGUGAAGCCCAAGCCAGAGCCUUCAAAGACAAAGUAGACAUUGGAUCUGUAAUUAUUACAAAAUUGGACGGACAUGCGAAGGGUGGUGGUGCCUUGUCAGCUGUUGCUGCUACCCAGAGUCCCAUCAUCUUCAUAGGCACUGGAGAACAUAUUGAUGACCUGGAACCAUUCAAAACAAAGCCUUUCAUAAACAAACUCCUUGGCAUGGGAGACAUCGAAGGUCUUUUGGAUAAAGUUAAUGAACUCAAAUUGGAUGACAAUGAUGAACUCUUAGAAAAAUUAAAGCAUGGACAAUUCACUCUCAGAGCUAUGUAUGAACAAUUCCAGAAUAUUAUGAAAAUGGGUCCAUUUUCCCAAAUUAUGGGAAUGAUUCCAGGGUUCUCUCAAGAUCUUAUGUCCAAAGGUAGUGAACAGGAAUCAAUGGCGAGAUUGAAGCGUCUUAUGACCAUUAUGGACUCUAUGAAUGAAGGAGAGUUAGACCACCGCGAUGGCGCAAAAUUAUUUACCAAGCAACCCACCAGAAUAACUCGAGUCGCACAAGGCGCGGGCGUUACGGAAAGAGAUGUUAAGGACCUUAUUGCUCAAUACACUAAAUUUGCCGCCGUUGUCAAAAAGAUGGGUGGCAUCAAAGGACUUUUCAAAGGCGGCGACAUGGCGAAGAAUGUUAACCAAACUCAAAUGGCUAAACUCAAUCAACAAAUGGCUAAGAUGAUGGACCCUCGUAUUUUGCAGCAGAUGGGCGGCAUGUCUGGAUUGCAUAACAUGAUGAAGCAGUUGCAACAAGGAUCUAGCGGAAUGAGUAGUUUAAUGGGUGGUAAAUGACAGUAGUUCAUUUUGUUUCUUAGCCUUUUUACUUAUAUCUUUUAUCUGUAUUAAAUUUGAUCAAUAAAGGAAUACAAUGCA